AGCUUGGAGCUAAAAUGGCCUCCGGCUGACUAAGGUUGUUUCUCGGCCUGUAGCCGUGUCCCGGCGUAGAAGAAAGCUCACCUCGGCACACUCGAGAGAGAAGAACAAAUUCAGGAACUUGACCACCUGGCUCUGUACCGGAAAACCGAGAAAGCCCUUGUCGUAGACUGAAAUCCACUCCCGCGCGCUGCCCUUCCGUUUCCGCUGAGCUGUGCAGUUGUCCGCAAGGAAGAACAGACCUACAGAGCUGAAGGUCUCUUUAUUUGUUUGUGAAGUCGGUGAGAGGAGACGCAGACGAUGGACGGGCGGCGCUACCUGCUGAAGGCGCAGUUGGAGAAGGAACGGCUGGAGUUGGAGAGAAAGAGGGAGGAAGAGGAGGCGCGGAGGAAGAAAGAGCUCGCUGGCGUGCACGAGUCAAGAUCUAUGGACGUCCCCUCUCCUCAGGGGAAGCCCCCUGCCGUUACUGUGGAGGUUCCAGCAGAUAUUAUGCAGGUGGGCCUCCCUAGCAACAGAGAGGGAAGUGUGGAAUGCAGUAUGGAUUGUGUAAUGGAAAGAGAGAUGUCUGUAUUAUCUGUGUGCAGGUCCGCAGCCAACUUGCUCAUCCAACCAACUACCACGUGUCGGCCAUACAGAAGAGACAAGUGUCGCAGUAUUUGUCAUCGCAGAGUCCUCACUUUGCCUCUCAUAGCGCUCCCACACAACCUAACGCAGGAUUUGGCCACUCCCACAUGGCUGGCAACAUGGCUUCUUUCAGUGUCCGCAAAGACCCUAUGCUCAGCGGGGUGCCGAGUGCAUCGCCACAGCAACGGAGCCCCGUCGGAACGUACGAUGGAGGACAACUCAACGUUGGAGGUUCCCCGAGCCACGCGGGGAUGCUCCUUGCCGGCUCUCCCUCUGGAGUGUUUGUUGGCGGGCCGCAGAACCUGGCUCUGAAACCAGAGAGUCCCACAAUGAUGGCCACCGAGACCCCAGAGAAUAUCCAAGACCAGAUCAUUGAAGACAUCAUGAGCCUCGAGGAAAAGUUUGGAGAUCCUUUGACGGCAGCUGACAUGCAAUUCCUCGACACCUCCCUUAUGGCUCCUCAGACAUUGCCUCCUCCGAAUCUGUUUGAUUCGUAUGGAAUGAUGGGCGGGGCAGGAGGCGGAGCCAACAUGGGGCAGACUGGAAUGAUUAGCGGAUCACCAAACCCUCCAAUGAUGAUGCCUCAGAUGUCAGCCUCUUGUCCCAACAAUGUGCAAGACGACCACACCGGAAUGCAUGGUCCAAUGGACAUGAAACUGGUUGAGAAAGAACGUCAGAAGAAAAACAACCACAACAUGAUUGAGCGUCGACGAAGGUUCAACAUCAAUGACAGAAUAAAGGAACUGGGGAUGUUACUACCAACCUCAGACCAAGAUUUCAGACAGAACAAAGGAACCAUUCUGAAGGCGAGUGUGGACUACAUCAGGAGACUCCAGAGAGACAUGGAUAAAUCCCGAGUGAUGGACGCCAAGCAGCGGCAGCUCGAGGAGGCCAACAAGAAGAUGAGACUGAGGAUCCAGGAACUAGAGCUGACUGCACGAGCUCAUGGGAUCCCCACACCUUCCCUCAACCCUGAGACUCACCAACUGGCUGUGGCUGCAGACCAGAGCCUUGGCGCAAUCACGCCCCGCAGCAGGACGCCCACCAGUGCCUGUGUCACUCCGUUCAGAGAAGAGGAACUGGCUGAUCUCCUAAGAACCAGCCCCUCCAUCGACUUCUCAAGACUCAACAUCAAACAGGAGUCGCUGGACUCUCCGUCUGCAGCCACUGACAACUCGACCCAGUCUCCCCUGAAGUCCACUCCCUCCCCACACCCCCCUCCCACACAAGGCCACACCCAUCCUACCUCCUCGUCAGGACACAUGUUCAACUUUAGUUUCGCGAGGUCCCCAACCUCAGCCACUGGCCAACCAAUGGACACUGGCAUCAGACUCUUUGACCAAACAUGACCUCUUUCUCUCUCGCGCUCUCUCUCUCUCUCUCCUCCCCCUCUUCAGCUCUCGCUGGUUUUGUAUUGCAGCAGCGCAGAGAGAUUAUAGUGGGAGUGGUUUAUUACGUCAUUGUUUUGAACAUUAUUGCAGCGUACACGCGUACGUUGUUUGGCGGCCAAAGCUUCGGAAAAGAGAAGUUCGGAGGAGAUACAGCCUAAACUAAGGAGACUUGGAGAAGGCGCCAGGACAGACGUAAGGCUUUGCAGAAACUUCGUGGAGAUUACUUUCUACGAAAACAAAAUACUGAACUGACUAAAGCUUUGGAACGUGAAGCAGGUUAUCUGCCAGAAACGUGUGAUGGAGUGAGUAAGUCUGUGGACCUGUAGCCACUGGAGAACUUGUCCUAGACUUCCAGAACUGAGGAUAAGGAGCAGGGAUAUCCAGGAGCAGUAGUAGAGUAAGGGAGUCACGUGACACGGGACUGGUGUAGAACGUAGUAGAAUGAAUGGUCAUUGUGGAAACGGAGGGACGAUGGGUUUGAGAGGCGAACUGUUCGGAGAUGUGGGGAGGAAAGAAUGGAGCGAGGAGGCCCUGCGUCGCCUGGUGCACAUCGAGGAGCAUCCGAAUGGAGGAGCCAGUGUUGUACAUGUCUACCAGGACGAGCUUGACCGCCUGUUGCCACGGGAGCAGACCAAGGAUCUUUCUGAGAUCUUUUUCAGAGAGGUGUUCCGGGAGUCGUCCUCCGGUGUGGCUGAUCAUGUGAUGGGUGUGGUCCAUGGGGCAGUUGGCUACCUGCCAGAGAUGGUCCAAUACCUCUCCACCAUGCACCCUGACCUCUCCGUGAAGGCCGGUCACCUGAGGAAGUCUGAGGUGGAAAGUAUGAGAAUGGAGGAGUAUGCAGCAAACGUGGCAUCCACAUACUGCCAGGGAACCUUCAGGACUGGGCCUCUGCAGCAGGUGUCUCUGGUGGGGCAGGUGGCAGAGGAGAGUGGCGGAUUUCUGUCCGACGUUCUCGAUCUGUUGGAAGAGAAUCCUUUCCUAGCGAUGGCGUUGCCAUGGGGAUCACUGUCGGCGCUCGACCUCAAGUCUCGUAGUCAUAGUGACGAUGGUCCGAUACUGUGGGUGAGGCCAGGAGAGCAGCUGGUGCCCACUGCAGACCACAGCAGACAGGGGACCCCCAGGAAGAAGAGAAUACAAGCCAAUGAGCUGCAGAGUCUGUUGUAUGGUCCGAGGAUGAACGAGAAGAGAGAGACGCUGUUCGAGGACAGGACUCACUGCCAUGCUGACUACAUCCAUGCUGGCCACGCCUCUCAAGACACCACCGCUGCCGUUGGUGUCCUCAAGAGAGUUCACCUUGGAGAUGAGAGGGAGGAAUCUCCUCGCUGUGAGUUGAAAGAUGUCAUAUGUUUCCAUGCGGCAGACUUCACUGAGGUUGCUAUGAGACUGCAGCUGGACUUAUACGAACCUCCGAUGUCUCAGUGCCGGCAGUGGGUGGAGGAAGCCAAAUUGAACCAAUUACGCAGAGACGGCAUCCGCUACGCUCACUUUCGUCUCCAUGAUGGUGACAUCUACUUCGUUCCUCGUAAUAUCAUACACCAGUUCCGAACGGUGUCUGCAAGUACCAGCAUCGCCUGGCAUCUUCGCCUUCGUCAGUAUAGUUCUUCAUCUCCCACACAGGAGGUGGUGGGUGUGAAAGAAGAGGACGAGGAGAAGGAGAGGAAUGAAGGGGGAGGGGGAGGGUCGAGCAGUGGAGCCGAGGAGAUGAACCGUCUGAGAGACGCAGAUCACAUCUCAUUCUCCUACUCUUCCGAUGAGGACUUUCUCCCACACCACAUAACCACACCCACUGGGCCCAACAAAAAGCCCCACAAUGAUACCGAAGAGGAGACGAAGCCAUACAAUGGGUGGCCUGGUCGAGAUUUGACCUCUGACCUUGAGGUAGAGCGCGAGAAGAGACGAUCAGACUCUCUCAGUCUGGAUCAGAGAAGACGUAGACUCUGCUCUAUCACUCCUCGUGCCCCACUGGCCACACCCACCCUGACCACACCCCCUUCAUCAACUGGCAACAGCGAGUUGCCAAGGCAACCAGUAUCACCAGGGUUACCACAACGAUCAUCACACUCCCCAUCGCGCAAAUUUCACAGUUCGUCUCUUUCAGAGUCACAGACUAAUUCUUCUGCCCCACAUUCCAAAAGUCUUUCCCCUGGUCCACAAUCCAGAAAAACCCAUUCCCCCAUUCACAGUCCAUGGGUGGAUGAUGACUUUAGUGAUAGUGACAGUAGUUCAGAAACCUGGCAACCAACCGGAGGUGACGUACAGAGGAGGAAGAGGAGAGAACACAAGGAGAGCAAGAGGAAGAGGGAGAGGAAGGAGGGAAAGAGAGAAAAACUGAAGAACUCACACUCAGUGGGGCCAGGGAGACCAGCCAAAAUGGAAAGACAAACAGAACUGAGAGAAUCGUCAGACGAAGACGAGCAGAUUCUCAGACAACUGAAGAGAAAAGUGCAGGAGGCAACGGAGCAGGGCAAAAUGACAUCACAUGAUGUCACAGAGAGCGAGGGCGAAGGAGGGAAGGGAAAUGAUUCUGACGAGGUAAAGGGGAAGUCCCUGGAGGAAGAGCUGGCAAUUACAUCAUCAAGUGAAAGCGACAAUGGGAAAGAGGAGAGGGAGUUGGGGGAGGUGGGGGUGGGGGGUAAGGCCCGCUCCAAGAGGCAACUUCUGUCUUCAUCAGAAAGUGAUUCUGAUUGUCAGGAUAGCAGACAGAGGGCUACUAAACCUAAUAAACCUGCUGAGCGUAGCCGCGUUCCACAGAAGUCUUCAGAUCCUGUGCCUCCAUCCUCCAGAUCAGUAAAGUCAGCGCUGAAGAGAAGUCCACCACAAACCACACCCACUUCCUCUCCGGCGAAGAAGCUUCGACUUGUGGACAUUGACUUCACUGGAGGCAGAAUGAAACUACCUCCCUCAAGACCCCAGCCCCGUCCCAGUCCCAGCAAGUCCCGGUUCAAUUCCGACAGGGCUGGAAUGGGGACUCAGAGAAAGCUGGCACCAGUUCCAGCUAAUGCCAGCAAUAUCCUGAAGUCCAAGCCACUCCCCCGACCACACCCAUCAAUCAAGAGACCGUCCCGCGACAAGCGAGCUCCACCAGCCAGCAAAGACGCAGUUCUUGCAGCCAAAUUCCCUCAGAAAAGGAAACUCCUAGACGCACCUCCUGCGGCACACAAAAACAGCAAACUCAAACAUUCCACCCUUAGACACUUGUAGCCACACCCAUUUUCUCAAA